AUGAUCGUCGUCCGUGGUCACACUACUGACCUUCAACAACCUCUUUCCCCCAAGACCCUCACAUCCCAGACGGAAACAAUGGCGUCAGCACAUGGCGACCUCCGCCAUCUCCUUCCAGGCUCAUACAAGCGGCUCAUCUCUGACUGGCUGGAAGAGGACUGUCCCAGCUUCGACUAUGGCGGUUUCGUCGUCGGCGAGUCGGAGGGUGAGGCGAAGUUGCUGGGAAAGAGCGAGGGUAUGAUCGCCGGCGUACCGUUCUUCGACGAAGUCUUCUUCCAGCUCGGAUGCACAGUUCAAUGGCACCACACUGAACGAUCGACCCUCCCUGCUGGGCAAAAGACUCAUGUUGCCACUGUCCGCGGCCCGAUCCGCAAGAUCCUGCUCGGCGAGCGCGUCGCCCUGAACAUCCUCGCGCGGUGCUCGGGAAUCGCAACAAAGACCCACUCCCUCUUACAAACGCUGCGUUCGCACGGCUGGCAGGGGACGUUAGCGGGGACGCGCAAGACAACACCCGGCUUCCGGGUAGUUGAGAAGUACGGCAUUCUUGUUGGAGGCGCGGAUCCGCACAGACACGACUUGAGUAGCAUGACGAUGCUCAAGGAUAAUCAUGUCUGGGCAUGUGCGAAUAAUUCUGCUUCGCAGACUGAGAGGAAAACCACAGAUGGAGAGGAGGAUAUCGCGGCUGCGAUUCCGAAGGCCGUGCAGGCGGCGAAGGCUGUCGGGGGUUUUGCGACAAAGGUCGAGGUCGAGGUGCGGAGUGUGGAGGAGGCGAAUGCGGCGAUCGAGGCGGGCGCGGAUGUCGUUAUGCUGGAUAACUUUACGUCGGAUGGGGUGCGACAGGCUGCGAAGCAGUUGAAGGAGGAGUGGGCUGCCAAGGGGAAGUCGAGGGGCUCCUUUUUGAUUGAGGUCAGUGGUGGUUUGAAUGAAGGAAAUGCGGUGCAGUAUGUCUGUGAGGAUGUGGAUAUUCUGUCAACGAGCUCAAUCCAUCAGGGCGUUGGGAUUGUGGAUUUCUCGUUGAAGGUUUCGCUGCGCGGAUAG